AUGGUCAGGAACAUGUUGAUGCGGCAGCUGGUGCAGGAGGAAUGUUCCCGGACACUUAAGACGAUGAUGAAGCGGAGACUAGACCUGAUCGAAAAGAACGAAAAUAACAAAGAAGAAAAUAGGGAAACAGAAAAGAAGGAAGAAGAAAAGAAAGAGGAAGAGAAGAAAGAGAAGAAGGUUAAGAAGAAGAAAUCAUUCAGGAGUUUCUCGUUCCUCCGCCGAGAGAAGAAAGUUGCCAAGGUUGAGAACACCAACGGCGAUGUAGCUAAGGAGGAGGUAAGGACGUCAUCAAGUGGUUGGACGGGAGAGGCUGGUAAAGUAUUGGACUGCAUGCAUAGUGAACGUCUUGUCUUGUCUGUGUGUUGGCGUCCCACUAACCAACACGACUUGUAAUUGUUGUAUUUUUUUCUCCGUCAGUUGAAACUUUUGUGGUGUGGAAGGUUUCGGUUGUCUGUUCCGGAUUAUGUUCUCUUAAGUGACCUCAAGUGGAGAGAGACGCAUGGAGCUGGCUGGCUAGUAGCGUGCUGGUAGACUGUGUGUGUCAGGCCUCUCGGGUGUUGAGACCAGCGUCGUGGAUAACAGAGGAGCAGUAUAAGCCCCCAUAGCCCUAGCCUACACCUGUGGAAGUAGAUAACCCUCCAGUAAGCUGUACGUGGUAGGGACAAGGUAGCGGUACAAGCGACGUGUGAGGUUGGAUGUAGUAUAGCGUCGGUGUUGUGCUUUGAAUACUCUGGUAUCCGCUUGGGCAACUCGA